ACAAACUAAAAAACAAAAGAAAAAACUUCAUUUGUAACUUUCCUCUUACACCCUCCUAACUCGCUUGGCUCACAUUUGACCUAGUAAAGGAAAUUGGUCCAUUUUCAAUUUUUUAGAAGAAUGGGUAACUGUAAUGGUGCUCCUUCCGCCGGUAACCAGUCCCGACCGGCCACCAACUCCGGCGGUAAUCCUCACCAUGACAUCAAUGUCAUACCUGCUGAUGAAUCGGCUCCAAGACCCCCAAAACCUCCAACCCUCCACCAGUCGUCCUCCGCUGCCCCCAACAACCACAAAGCUACCUCCACUGCUCCGCGGAUCGGUCGUGUGCUCGGCCGUCCCAUGGAGGAUGUUCGGUCAACUUACGACUUCGGUCGUGAGCUCGGGCGUGGACAGUUCGGUGUUACCUACUUGGUGACUCAUAAAGAAACCAAGCAGCAAUUCGCUUGUAAAUCUAUCGCCACCCAUAAGCUUGUCAAUCAUGAUGAUAUCGAAGACGUCCGCCGUGAAGUCCAGAUCAUGUACCACCUCACCGGCCACAGAAAUAUCGUGGAGCUGAAUGGGGCUUAUGAGGACCGGCACUUCGUGCAUCUGAUAAUGGAGCUUUGUGCGGGAGGGGAGUUGUUUGACCGUAUUAUAGCGAAAGGUCAUUAUUCAGAGAGGGAGGCGGCGAAUUUGUGCCGGCAGAUGGUGACGGUGGUGCAUAACUGUCAUUCCAUGGGGGUUAUGCAUAGGGACUUAAAGCCCGAGAAUUUCUUGUUCUUAAGUAAGGCCGAGGAUUCUCCAUUGAAGGCCACGGAUUUCGGCCUCUCUGUAUUUUUUAAGCCAGGUGAUGUUUUUAAGGAUCUUGUUGGAAGUGCUUAUUAUGUAGCUCCAGAAAUAUUGCGCCGUCGAUAUGGACAUGAAGCCGAUAUUUGGAGUGCUGGGGUGAUUCUUUACAUUCUCCUUAGUGGGGUCCCACCAUUCUACGGAGAAACUGAACAGAAUAUCUUUGAUUCUAUUCUUCGGGGAAAUAUCGAUUUCUCAUCAGAUCCAUGGCCCUCUGUUUCCAGCAGUGCCAAAGAUCUUGUGAGGAAGAUGCUACAAAAUGAUCCUAAGGAACGGCUUUCAGCAGUUGAAGUCUUAAAUCAUCCAUGGAUGCGUGAAGAUGGUGAUGCAUCUGAUAAGCCUCUUGAUAUUGCUGUUUUAUCUAGAAUGAAGCAAUUCAGGGCAAUGAACAAACUCAAAAAAGUUGCUUUAAAGGUAAUUGCAGAAAAUUUAUCUGAAGAGGAAAUCAUAGGUUUGAAGGAGAUGUUCAAAUCUAUGGACACUGAUAACAGUGGAACAAUCACGUUUGAGGAGUUGAAAGCUGGCCUUCCUAAACUCGGUACUAAGCUUUCUGAGCAUGAAGUGAGGCAGUUAAUGGAAGCGGCUGAUGUGGAUGGAAACGGAACGAUUGAUUACAUCGAGUUUAUAACAGCAACUAUGCAUAUGAAUAGAAUGGAAAGAGAAGAACACUUGUACACUGCUUUCCAAUACUUCGACAAGGACAAUAGCGGGUACAUUACAAUGGAAGAGCUAGAGCAGGCCCUGAAGAAGUAUAAUAUGGGUGAUGAGAAAACAAUAAAAGAGAUCAUUGCAGAAGUUGACACAGACAGGGAUGGCGGAAUCAACUAUGAUGAGUUUGUUGCGAUGAUGAGAAAAGGCAACCCGGAGUUGGCCAAUAACCGACGACGCAAGUAAAUCCCGAAUGUAGCUUGCUUAUCUGCUGUUCCACCGAGUCGUUGAUGCAUAUUUUCUUUGUUAUGACGACAAUCACAGUGGGUUUUUGAUGCAUAUUUUCUUUGUUAUGAUGACAAUCACACGUGAACUCAGUUUCACCACCUGGAAUCGAGAAACAGUUAUCGUUUUCUAAAAUUAUUAGUGGUUUGC